CCUAAUAUUUAAACCCAUUUGGACCCACUAUAUCUAGAUUCUAUACCAAAGAGGAACAACCCCAUCAUCACCCUCCUUUAGGGUUUAAGAACCCCACCAUCCCCUAGAGUAUUUUCCUCUUGUUUUAUAUGCCCUCACACCCAUAUAAAUACCGCCUCUUCUGCUCCAUCCUUCUCACCUCCAUCAAACCAUCAACCUUAUAAGUCUUUAGUAGUGUUCUUCUUUCCUACCGAUCAAACUCAUUGAAGUAACAAGCCAAAGACACUUCCUGAAAGAACAUGUCCGGGGUUUGGGUGUUCAAGAACGGUGUGUUUCACCUGGAGAAUCCUCAGGCGGAGUCGAAUGGGCAAGGGGGCACCGGCCAGCGCAAGGUGCUCGUGUACCUGCCCACCGGCGAGGUUGUAUCGUCCUACAACUCGCUAGAGAGGAUUCUGAGGGGGUUGGGUUGGGAGAGGUAUUAUGGAGGUGACCCAGACCUCUUCCAAUUCCAUAAAAGCUCUUCCAUUGACCUCAUCUCUCUCCCUAGAGAAUUCUCCAAGUUUACCUCCAUUUACAUGUAUGAUCUGGUUAUCAAAAACCCCAACAUCUUCCACGUUAGAGACUAAAACCAGUCAUAUAUAGCUUUUCUACCAGACCUAUAAACCCCUAGCUAGCUGUCUCUUCCUUACCCUCAUCAUCAUCCCUGUUUGGCUACCCCACCAUUGUUUUUUCUUCAUUUGUGUGCUUCUCCUCCAUUAAUGGCUGCCAACCUAGGUUUUAUUUGACUACUCUCCCUCUUCUCCACUUGUCCAGUACUACUGUAAGAAAGCAGAAACUAUGUGCCUUCAUCGUGUUAGUUUUCUACUGUUGUAAUGCUUGAAUAAUGGCUUUGUUUCAUGUAUUUUAUAUGUAUUAUCCUAAUAAAAUUCCCAUAUUGGAUCAUGAUU